AUGGCGCCCAUGUCGCAGGAAGAUAUCGAGUGGUUCAAGUCCACCUUUCGGCCCAUUCCUAAACCUGAACUGCCGGACGACUGCAUCGAGUACUCGUUACAAUAUAUCCCUUCCAACCCCGCCCCCGCUGUUGUCGAUGAGGUCGCAGAUACACGAACACGGUUGAUGGAGGUGCAGAGAUCUUCUGCUGAAUUGAUAAAACAACUACUAAAAGACUAUAUAUGGCAAAGAGAGGCAUUCCGCCUUGAGAUUACCAAAAAAGACGGAACAACCAUAUUAAGCGGUCGAACGAAUUUUGGAGACUCUGUUGAAGAUGAAUGGGUGAUCGUGUAUCUGUUGCGGGAGUUGACAAAGAAACACCAAGAUGUCUGGGCUACAGUGACAGAUAAUGAUGGCCAGUUCCUCCUUGCAGAGGCUGCCGGUGCGUUGCCUUCAUGGCUGGAGCCAGAAAUAGCAGAUAAUAGGGUUUGGCUGCACCAGGGAGAACUUGUUGUCAUCAAACCGAAGAGUGAGAAGGGCAGGGUCACGGAAACGAUAUCCCUACCGGAGGCGAGGAACAUAAUAAAAGAGGACCCCAAGCGGCUUAUGCGCUCAGCCAUGAUCCAGGAAGAGGCGUUUUACCGACUACGGAAUUAUCCCAAGCAGAUUAGUGAGAACCUCCAUUCGGCCUUGGUUACUAUCCCUCGCAAGGUGGCCUACCUCUUGCAUCAAAAGCCCGCUUAUAUAUCUCCUGCUGUCGAAGCCUUUUACCUUCGGGAUCCUAUCGCAUUGAGGCCUCUUCGAGGUAAAGACGCAGGAGACCUGAUUUUCAGGCCUGAGGAUUUCGUUACAGUGAGCACCCGAUUUACACGGACCGGCUAUGCGCAAAUUAAGAGCCAAGAUUUCCCGGCUCCCAAAUCCUGGGUCGGCAAAUUACCUUCUAUCGAGGAUCGGAAGUUAUAUGACCGCGCCGAUGCGGGUAUGAAAGUUACUUCUGGGUUCGAAAUGCUUCUCACAGACCCCCAGAAUCAGGAUAAGCCGCUGGUGCGAGAGAUGAAGCUCAUACUCGAGGAUCUAGACACUGGGGAUGAAUCUCUUCCCACUGAUGAAGAAAUUCAAACUUGGGAGAAGCGUGAAGAUGACGAAAAGUGGUUGGACAUAAACUUUGAGGACUUGGACACGGAGCUUAAGGGGAAGGGUAAAGAGAAGGAAAAGUCUGCGGGAGAAUUUGGGGACUCCAAUGCACAAGAAAAUCUGCAACGUAUAGUUGCUCAGUUUGAGAAAUUCUUAAACGACGAAUCAGCUGGCUUCGAAGGGGCCGAUUUCAUUGACGAUUACGGAUCAGAUUCAGAUGUCGACGAGGACGAGGAAGAAGAAUUGGACAGUGAAGGGGAGGACAAAGACGCAUCCUUUGACGAGGAAGAAUUCUCUAAAAUGAUGAAAGAGAUGAUGGGCAUGCCGUCGAUGCCGCCUUCUCUGCCUGGUCUCAGCGGACCGUCUGCACCACCGAAGCCGUCCAAACGAGUGGAGGAACUGGACACCGACUCCGAGGAUGACACUGAACAAAUACAGCAGCUUUCAAGAGAAAUGGAAGCUGAGUUGAAAGGAACAGGAGUUCUCAACCUGAACCGUCCUGGUGACGUAUCUCAGGGCAAACGUGCCGUGUCUCAGGAAGAAACAAAUGAAAGGGCAAAUGGGGGCGCGGAAGCCGAGGGCGACAACAUCAAUAUCAACCUCGUGAAAAACUUCUUGGAGAGCCUUCAGGGACAGUCAGGGUCGUCGGGUCCAGCAGGGAACAUACUUUCCAUGAUGAAUGUGCCGAUGCCGAAAGACGAUCGCGAACGGUGA